AUGGCGCCGAGCGCCUACCGGAAGCGGCCGCGUUUUGUGCUGCGUACGAGUCGCCCUAGUGAGAAGCUCAGAACGGUGCUUCCUUUCAGGGUUACUGCUUCGACUUCAACAGGUGCAGAUCACGUCGUCAUCGUAAGCGGAUCUUGGUUGGCACUAUGGGCUUUUUCUUCACGCGGUCCUCGACUGGUGCAUAGACAAAACAUCAAUAUGCAGCUCCUGGCUGCGUGUACGGUGCCGCUUAGGCGACGUUCAUCAGGAGCGCCUCACUCGCAGUCGGCCGAAGCGCGGUGUAGUGAUCCUCCCUUGAAAAAGGGCGACGUCCUGCUGUGCUUGGAUAGGCGGCUCGUCUUGCAUGCACUGUGGUUUUGCGCUCGAAACCCGACGGACACGACAGGGUCCGCUUUUGAAGUGGGGUUCUUUCAGCGCUUCGCCUCCCGCUCGCUCUACACUGAGUGCAAUGAGCUGGCUGAAGCGAUCGAAAGGGAGCUGCCAACGACUUUCCAACUCCGCUAUGCGGAGAGUCUCGAUCGUUUGUUGCUCAAUAUAGGACAUCACAUGUUCUUUGGCUUUGAAGGCAUCAGAUGCUGGUUAGCAGAAAACGAACCGCUGGCCUUGGCUGGGCCUAACUGGGAACUUGUGGCGCCACCGGUGCCUCUUUCAAAAACUGAGAGCUGCGAUGCUCCGCUUGUACCGCUCGCGUGGAUGGCCUAUCCUGCGCCGGGCUUCGUGCACGACGUCUGCAGUCUCGCCGUGCCUUAUCGCCCAGACGAAUGCACUGAAUGCGGUACAGUGACGAUCACAAUAGGCAUUUCUUCGAUCGAACGUGAGCUGCGCAGUGCAGCGUGGCGGGCCCCAGAAGACCAUGCACCAUCUAUCCUGCUUUCUAUCUUUGUCGACGACGUGCGAUGUGCCCAAGGGGCCGAUCAAGAUGCUCUGCUUACCCGUCUAGAAGCGAGUGAUCACGGAGCGAUUCUGAAAGACGAGGAAAUACUGCCGAAGAGUGGUGACAAAGAAGCAUUGAUACAGGAUGACGAAGAGCCGGCAUCGAUGCACGAUAGCCACGGCGGGCUCCAGCUUCGAUACGAUGCCCGCACCAUGUGCUUCCGGGCGGCGCUGCCGUCUGCGUACGUACUCGGCAUUGAAUCGCAUCCCUUUCAUCCGGACCCUACAGCUAUCGAUUUCUCUAAUUCGAAUGCCUCGGAUUUCGAUUCGCGAGACCGUUUGGUUUACGUCGUCACAGAUCGAUAUGUAUUGCCGCUGCGUUUCCAGAAACGCUCUUUACGUCCGCAGUUUGGUCCAUUGCAGGGACCCCGCACAAUGUCGAACAACGAGCAGACGACGGCUAUGCACUCGUUCCUCGCAUACUGCGCUGUAUCCCAGCCGGAAACGGGGGAUUUCAAGUUAUUGCUCGUCCGUCAAGAUGGCACGCUCGUCCAGUGUGAUCUUGGAGUCGUUCGCAGCGUCCGUCUACAAUCGGGGGACCCUGUUUCAUUGCCGCGUGACGCGCGAGACGCAGCCGGACUGGUGGCUUUCGGCGAAGGACCGCAUGUGAACAUCCUCUGCUGGGACUUUUUCGGUCAGAUGGACUGGUUGCAUCUUCCAGAUGCGUGGACCUCCGGAGUCUUGGCCCCUGCUUCACGAUUAUUCUGUCCCGGUCCGCAGGCUCUCGGUCUCGUUCACGCGGCGCACCGGAGCUUGCGCGCAGGUGGCGCACCACCGAGCGGCGGGGGCCCGUCCUCAUCGACAGCGGCCUGCGCGGACGGGAGCCGUGGCCCUCGCGCGAAGCGCCCCUCCAAAAGAGAUGCAGCCACCACGCGAGCUUUUGUAUGCUGCAUCAGAGCUCUGAUGGUGUGCACUUGUCGUCACUGGAUUGCGGAGACUAUGCCACGCUACAGUUGGAGAGCGAUCCGAAUCUGCUGA